AUGGAAGCAGCGUGCAACAGCAUGGCCCUCGAGAGGCUCGGGGAAGCCCUGCGCGGCAUCCCCCCCGUGCAAGGCUCCCUGCUGCUCCUCCUCUGCCUGCUCGCCGCCAUCCACCUGGGCAAGCUCCUCCUGCAGCAGCAGCAGCGCCGGCGGCAGGGCCAGCGCCGGGCGCCGCCGGGGCCUUUCCCCUGGCCCUUGAUCGGCAACGCGGCGCAGCUGGGCAGCGCCCCGCACCUCUCCUUCGCCCGCCUGGCCAGCACCUACGGCGCCGUCUUCCAGCUGCGCCUGGGGCGCUGGCCCGUGGUGGUGCUGAACGGGGAGCGCGCCAUCCGCCAGGCCCUCGUCCGCCAGGGGGCCGCCUUCGCCGGCCGCCCGCCCUUCCCCUCCUUCCAGCUGGUGUCGGGCGGGCUCAGCCUGGCCUUCGGCGGCUACUCGGAGCUGUGGAAGCUGCACCGCCGGGCGGCGCACGCCACGGUGCGCGCCUUCUCCACCGGCAGCCCCGCCACCCGCCGCCUCCUGGAGCGGCACCUGGUGGGCGAGGCGCGGGCGCUGGUGGCGCUGCUGGUGCGCGGCAGCGCCGGCGGCGCCUUCCUCGACCCCUCGCGCGUCCUGGUGGUGGCCGUGGCCAACGUGAUGAGCGCCCUGUGCUUCGGCCGCCGCUACAGCCACGGCGACGGCGAGUUCCUGCGCCUCGUGGGGCGCAACGAGCAGUUCGGGCGGGCGGUGGGCGCCGGCAGCCUGGUGGACGCGCUGCCCUGGCUCCAGCGCUUCCCCAGCCCCGUGCGCGCCGCCUACCGCGCCUUCCGCGACCUCAACCGCGACUUCUACGGCUUCGUCCGCGGCAAGUUCCUGCAGCACCAGCGCAGCCUGCGCCCGGGGGCCGCCCCCCGCGACAUGAUGGACGCCUUCAUCCGCCUGCAGCGCGAGCAGCCGCGGCUGCAGCUCGAGCACGUGCCCGCCACCGUCACCGACAUCUUCGGCGCCAGCCAGGACACCCUCUCCACCGCCCUGCAGUGGCUCCUCAUCUUCCUCAUCAGGUAUCCGAACGUGCAGGCUAAAAUGCAAGAAGAAGUGGAUAGGAUUGUUGGAAGAGACCGUCUGCCAUGUGCUGAAGAUCAGCCUCACUUGCCUUACAUCAUGGCUUUCUUGUACGAAUCCAUGCGUUUCAGCAGCUUUGUGCCUGUUACUAUCCCACAUGCAACCACAACCAACACCUUCAUAAUGGGCUACCUCAUUCCCAAGGACACGGUGAUUUUUGUUAAUCAGUGGUCAGUGAAUCACGAUCCAGCAAAAUGGUCCAACCCAGAGGAUUUUGAUCCAACAAGAUUCCUGGAUGAGAAUGGUUUCAUCAAUAAAGAUCUUACUAGUAGCGUGAUGAUUUUCUCAUUGGGAAAACGUCGGUGUAUUGGAGAGGAGUUGUCCAAGGUGCAGCUGUUUCUCUUUACCUCCAUACUGGUGCAUCAGUGCAAUUUUACUGCUAAUCCAAAUGAGGACCCUAAAAUGGACUUUACCUAUGGGUUGACCAUUAAACCUAAGCCAUUUACCUUGAAUGUUACGCUUAGAGAUACUAUGGAUUUGCUCGAUCAGGCUGUCCAAAGACUGCAAGCAGAGAAAGCAGCCAAUGAAAAUCAGCUAUCAGCAAAUGCCUAA